GCAAGCUCGGUGCUUAACCUGGCUGAACUCGCCGCCCUCCGCCCUGACCUUGGCAAAUUGAAAAAGGUCCUCUACUUCCAUGAGAAUCAAUUGGCGUAUCCUGUCCAGAAACGCCAGGAAAGGGAUUUUCAGUAUGGAUACAACCAGGUUCUUUCAUGUUUGGUUGCUGAUGUUGUGGUGUUCAACUCUGCUUUUAAUAUGGAGUCAUUUCUUACAUCCAUCGGAAAAUUUAUGAAGCUGAUUCCUGACCACAGACCUAAGGAUUUGGAAAAAAUAAUCAGACCGAAGUGCCAAGUUCUUUAUUUUCCAGUCAGGUUUCCUGAUGUGAGCAGGUUCAUGCCAGAACAUAAGCUUGCCCGUUUGGAAAAGAUAAUUGGUGUUAAAAGAAAUGGAGAUGCUUAUCAAUCUGAGGGUCUGCCCGGCCAGCAGAAGAGCAGAACUUUAAUGGAAAACAGCCCCUCACGUCACGAAUCUGGACUUUGUGAAGCCCAGCCUGGACUUUAUACCACACAGCACGAGGGGCUGCCUUCCCCAGUAACAGCACUGGAGAGAUCGAGCGAGUCUGAAACAUCAGAAAGUACAAAUCCUUGUCAAGAAGAAGAUAAGCAACAUCUGACUUUUAACCUCUCUAAUAUCUUGAGUGGACGGGACUAUCAGCAAAGACCUUUGCACGUUGCCUGGCCUCACAGGUGGGAACAUGACAAAGAUCCUGAAACUUUCUUUAAAGUUCUGCUGAAACUGAAAGAGAAAGAUCUACCUUUUCACGUGUCCGUCCUUGGAGAGGCUUUCACUGAAAUUCCAGAUAUCUUUUCAGAGGCCAAAAAAGCGUUGGGAUCUUCUGUCUUGCACUGGGGCUACUUACCCAGCAAAGAUGACUAUUUCCAAGCUCUGUGCACGGCCGAUGUUGUUGUCUCGACAGCUAAACACGAAUUCUUUGGCGUGGCGAUGGUCGAAGCUGUGUAUUGCGGCUGUUAUCCGCUGUGUCCCAAAGCCUUGGUGUACCCAGAGAUAUUUCCAGCUGAAUAUCUGUAUUCUACACCUGAGCAGCUUUUUAAAAGGCUUCAGAAUUUCUGCAAGAGACCAGAUAUUGUAAGGAAACAUCUCUAUAAGGGCGAGACGGCUGGGUUUGCUUGGGCAGCGCUCGGCGGCGAAUUCAGGUCUCUGCUCGCAGCAGAACCGAGGGAAGAUUUGUGACAGAUGGGGCUAAGUCACAAACUUGCAGCCUCAGGCAGAAUUUGUGGAAGUUUCCAGAGUGUGCCCAUAUUUACCUGAUCAGAGAGAAAAGAAAAUCUGCAGAGGAAGCCGAGCCUGGCUGCUUGUCAUAGCUGACACAGAGCCAUCUGAAGGCGGCUUCAGAUCUCCAAUCCCUGCCACCACCCCAGCUCAAAUUAAAUACAGAUUCUUAGAGACGUUAUGAUGGUUACACAUGUCCUCGGCAUCACAUGCAGGAGACUGUUCAAAAAAAAAAAAAUAAAAAAAAAAAUCUGUGGCCUGUUGUAUAACCGCACUCAUGUAUCCCAUAUGUGGUGCCACAUUGAAUUUCCGGUUGAAUCUGUUUUUAUCCUUUGUACUGGAUGACAUG